AUGACCAGCUCUAGCGACAUCAGAACGAAAAGUCCUGCUCUGGGUAAGGCGCUCAGUCCUGUGCUCUUGUGCAAAGUAUGUGGCGAUACGAGCAGCGGGAAACACUAUGGGAUUUAUGCAUGCAAUGGCUGUAGCGGCUUUUUUAAAAGAAGUGUAAGGAGGAAGCUUAUUUACAGAUGUCAGGCUGGAACAGGUAUGUGCCCGGUAGACAAAGCACAUCGUAACCAAUGCCAGGCAUGCCGAUUGAAGAAGUGCUUGCAGGCAGGCAUGAAUAAGGACGCUGUACAGAAUGAGCGUCAGCCUCGUAGCACAGCCCAGAUCUGCCUGGAAAGCAUAGAAAGGGACACAGAGAAAUCAGACCACAUUACCACCACAAGGGAGACAACCCCUUCUUCUUGCACCCUAAACCAGAGGGCUUCUGUCCUCUCUACUAUGUCUGUUCAAGGACAGAGGCCUAACAGUCCACCCAACAACCACCGUUUCAUGGCCAGCCUGAUGACUGCAGAGACCUGUGCUAAACUGGAGCCUGAAGAUGUGGAUGAAAAUAUCGAUGUGACUAGUAAUGAACCAGAGAGAAGCCCACCAGACUACCAGAUCUCCUCCAUUCCACCAUCCGGUCUUGAAAGUGUGUAUGAAACCUCAGCCAGACUUCUCUUCAUGGCCGUAAAAUGGGCUAAAAACUUACCAGUGUUUUCUAAUCUUCCAUUUAGGGACCAGGUUAUCUUGCUGGAAGAAGCUUGGAGUGAGCUGUUCUUGCUCUGUGCAAUCCAAUGGUCCAUGCCUUUGGAAAGCUGUCCCUUGAUGUCAGUGCCUGAACUCUCUCCAUCCUUACAAGGGAAAUCUGGAUAUUCAGGGGCAGAUGUUCGGAUCCUUCAGGACAUUAUCACCAGGUUCAAGUCUCUGAGUGUGGACCCCACAGAGUUUGCAUGCAUGAAAGCUAUAGUGCUAUUUAAACCAGAGACUCGUGGUUUAAAGGACCCAGAGCAGGUGGAGAACCUACAGGAUCAGUCUCAAGUAAUGCUUGGCCAGUACAACAGGGCUCACUACCCCAGCCAGCCUGUAAGGUUUGGAAAACUGCUGUUACUCCUCCCUUCCCUCAGAUUCAUCACCUCUGAGCGUAUAGAGCUGCUUUUUUUCCACAGGACCAUAGGGAACACACCCAUGGAGAAACUGCUCUGUGACAUGUUCAAAAACUGAGAAAUUGUAUUAACACCUACCAGUCACUUUUUUCAGACACAGCAAACCUCUUGGAGGAGAGACAGAAGCUUUGUAAUUCAGCAGCAAAACAAUUAAAAUUUGAAACUCUGAAUGAGUUACGUUGUCUUCGUUAAGAGAAUCUGUUCUAGUUUGCGUCCCAUGAUAUCCACUUCAUUCAACCAAUUAAAAUAAUAAAGGGAAAUAAAAAAAGGACGCAGGAGAAGUUGUUUCAGCCAUUUUUGGAAAGAGUUUACCACUGUCCUUUAAGUGAUUUCUUUAUCUCUUGGUAAUUUCCAUAUUAUUGCUUGUAGGUCUAAACUACUGACUGUCUAUGACUGAUGCUAUUUGUCCUAGUGAAUGUCAUUCCAUUCCCCUAUUUAUUCUGAAUCUGAAGACAGAGUUAAGUCCUCAUCAGAUUAUAUGAAC